GCGGGGGCGAGCCGGGAGCCGCGCGAGCCGCUAGCCAGCCACGGCCACAGCACAGUCGGCGCGAGCGGCCCUCCGCAGCAGCACGAUGCCUAGCGACGAGUCCGAGCGAGGCGUGGGCGCGUGGGCGCGGCGCUGGUGGCGCCCCCUGCUGGCCGAGCUGGUGGCCACCGCGCUCCUCAUUCUCCUGGGCAUCGCGGCGCUGCUGCCGGCCGGCGGCGCCCCGCCCCCUCUCACACACCCCGCGCUCGCCUUCGGCUUCGUGGUGCUAGCGAACGCUGAGAUUUUCGGGCCGGCGUCAGGGGCGCACAUGAACCCGGCGGUGAGCCUCGCCGCACUGUUGGUGGGCCAGCUGCCGGGAGCUGCGGCCGCUGGGUACGCGCUGGCGCAGCUCGCGGGCGCAGUGCUCGGGUUCGGCGCGCUACGGGCGCUGGCGCCGCACGCAGCGGGCGAGGGCGCGACGCACCCGGCGGUGUCGUGGCCGGCCGCCGUAGCCGUCGAGGCGGCACUGACGGGCGUGCUGGCGUUGGUGUGCUGCGCGCUGUGGUCCGCGCACGACGCCAGCCGGCCCGACCGCACCGUAUCCCUCAAGGUCGGACUCACCGUGGCCGGACUUAUUUAUGCCGGGGGCCACCUGACGGGCGCCAGCCUCAACCCGGCGCGCAGCUUCGCGCCCGCGCUCUUCCAGGGCCUCACGGCGGAUCACUGGGUGUACUGGGCCGGGCCACUGGGCGGCGCGGCGCUGGGCGCGCUACUGCACCGCGCACUGCUCGCCCGCCCCGCGCCCCACACCCGCGCCCACACCCCCGCGCGCCCCGAGGACUCUGGCGAGGUAGAGAUUGCCGCGUGCCGUGCGGUGUCGUGCGGUGUCGUGCGGUGUCGCGCGGAAAUGCGAACUUCGCCAAAUGAGCACGAUUUACAUGUUCCAAGUUAG